AUGAAGUGUUACGCGGGCUCCAGGAAGUGCCGACCGCUGGAAACUCGGCUCGCUGUGUUUAUGUGCCCUUCGACAACCUCCGGUGAGAGUCCGUCGACAAUGAUCACUGCGGACCCGACGACGGUCGGCGACCGGCCCGGCGUGAGCCCGGCCGGCGUGAGCCCGGCGGGCGAGAGCCCAUCUAUGCUGGUCAGCGGGACUUCGUCUGUGGUUGCGGAUACGUCGAUGCUGGGCUCGGCUGGGUCCGUGGAAUCACAGACCGUGGAGUCGCAAAUUGUGGGGCCGAAGGCCGCUCGGCCCUCCUGGUACUCAAGUUCGACUUUGACGAGCCAACCGGCGCCCCACCGGUCGGCGUCGGACCAGGCGGCGUCGGACCGGUCGGCGUCGGACCAGGCGGCGUCGUGUGGUGGCGUGUUCUCUGUGAAGCUGCCAGACAAGGUGUCCCGGCCGUCCGCGGUGCGGGCGCCUGAGCCGUUGGCGAGCCGGCUUCCUUCCCUGCAUGAAUUGGUGUCUCCGGAGCUGCCGGGUUUGACGGCACGGGUGGUGAGAGCGUGUUUGUCGCAACAGUACGAGCACAAGUUGUCGGCGAAAGUGUGCCGACGCAUCGAGACGGUGAUGUCGAAGGUACUGGCGGGGAUGCCGGCCUUCGCGAUGCAGGUAGACUUCCGCAGCUGCGCGUGGCACAGUCUGUACCUGGCGGGACUGGUCUGCAGCCAACUGCCCGAGUACCAUGGGGUGCUCCGCGCAUACGCGGAUCUGAUCCCGCGGCCACCCGACCUGACUGACUCCUGGUUCCUCGCCUGCGUGCUGGAGUUGCAUCCAGACGCGCGCCGGCUGGCGCGCGAGCUCGCAGCCGGGGUCGGCGUCGGCCACGUCGUCAGCGCCGAACGCCUUUUCCGCGAGGCGUUUGUGCCCACCGCGCACGUGUGUGCGCGCCUGCCGACGCGCGCUGAGGCGGUUCAGCUGACCUGUGGGUUCUCCCAACUCGAGUGCCUACUCGCGAUGCCGGAGGCAGCGCGCACGUUGCCCUGGAACCAGCUUGCGCAGCGCGAGACAAUGCAGGGGCAGCGACUUGUCGCGUUCUUACAGAGCGUCCUCGACCCCGCCGAAUGCAGCCAGGUUAUUGCGGUCCUGCGCGACCGCCUGUCGCCGCCGCAGUGGUUCAGCCUGCCUGACAAACACUUCCUCGCCUGUGUCCUUGACCACGCGCUUUCUGCCUGGGUCUCCGCCCCAGAAGUCGUCGUGGAAAACGUCCAAACGCAAGCCGAAGGGCCGGGCGAAGUCGACGUGCUGAUCCCUGCUCCGGCUCCGGGGCCGGUGGCGUACAUGGAAGAGGUGUUGGCGGAAUGUGCGACGACGGAGGCGGAGGAACGGUGCAGAUGGAGUGUGGUGCAACAAGAGCAAUGGGCGAGGGCGCGGUCACAGGUGGCUGAGUUUGCGGCAAAGAAGUUGCGGGCGGGAUUAUUGAAGGCCGAAAGGGCGAACGAGCGGUGGCGGAGCGUGGGUUGGCGUUGGCUGAGUCUGGCGGGGAUGUUGCAUGACGUUUACGGAUCCGAGCAGGUACUUGUGUUGGUGAAAGAGUGUGAGACGAUGGUGGCGCGACCGUCAGGAGUUUCGCCUCUUUGGUACCUGGCAGUGUUGUUGAAGCGGUGUGUUUCGGACCGCUUGAUGAAGCGGCUU